GUGUCCUAAACCCCGCGCCCUGGAACCCCGGUUGGAAAUGGGGAGGGACGGGUGUUUCACUACCGGUGAUAGAACAGUAGAAGCUGAUAACAUUGUCACGUAUGUGUACAAUAUAUGCCAAUCAGGGUCCGUGACGAAGCCGGUUAACGUGAGGGAUGUCGCCUUAACAUACAGCCACGCCGUGAUGAUGAGGAUGCUGUUUGGCCAGAGACAUUUUGAUAAACCGGCCAAGGAUGGCGGUCUCGGACCGAAAGAAAGAGAGCACAUGGACGCGAUAUAUCGAGCUCUUGAUUGUUUAUUCGGCUUCACUGUAGCAGACUACCUCCCUUUUCUUAGAGGGUGGAACGUCGAGGGCGAGGAGAAGGACGUAAGAGAAGCGGUUGAUAUUAUCAACAGGUGCAACGACCCGAUCAUCUGUGAGAGAAUGCAUUUGUGGAGGGAGAAAGGCGGAAAAGAGACGGAGGAAGAUUGGCUCGAUAUUCUAAUCACGCAAAAAGAUGAUCAGGGAAUGUAUUUAUUCACAUUUGAGGAUAUUAGAGCUCAAUGCAAGGAUGUCAAUGUUGCAACCAUCGAUAAUACAAUGAAUACCGUGGAGUGGACGAUAGCGGAGAUGUUGAAUCAUCAAGAGAUUCUUGAGAAAGCUAUAGAAGAACUGAACACUAUAGUUGGCAAAGACAGGCUUAUCCAGGAAUCUGACAUACCACAACUUAACUACAUCAAAGCUUGUUGCAAAGAAUCUUUCCGGCUUCACCCACCUAAUGCAUUUUUGCCUCCUCAUGGAGCCCGAGAAGAUACUACUCUUGCUGGUUAUUUUGUCCCCAAAGGUAGUCAAAUUCUUGUGAGCCGUCCAGGACUUGGUCGGAACCCUAAGACAUGGGAGGAACCUGACGCGUUCAAGCCAGAGCGACACCUUGUUGAUCAUGCUAGGAACCCAGUGGAUGUGACCCUGAUGGAGCCUGACAUGCGUUUCGUGGUAUUCGGAACCGGUCGGCGUGGCUGCGCAGGUCCUAAGCUUGGAGCAACAAUGAUCGUCAUGUUGUUAGCUAGGCUUCUCCAAGGGUUCGAAUGGACUCUCCAAGCGGGUGCAAGCCAAGUCGAGCUCAUUGCCGCUAAUACCAACUUGUUCAUGGCCAAGCCUCUGCUUGCAUCUGCGAAACCUAGGCUGGCUCCUGGUUUAUAUCCGAAAAUCCAGGUCUAAGAUUCUGAGAGAGGAUUUUGGUACCAGGAUGCAUAUGUAUGAAGUACAAUAAAGUUGAUUUACAGCCAAAUUCUCGCAUAGUUUUGAUGAAAACUCUGAUGACUUUUAAUUUAUUUUAUUACGUACCUUUCGAGUUUCAGUGUCCUUGUUGUGUGUUUUCAUUUCGAUCUAAUGAGGCCUAAAGUGUGGGUUCCAUCUUCAUCUUGCUAAGUACGAAUCGAAUCGAAUCGAAUUUCAUAACGGACGGAUUUAAUCACACUUAACUCCAAAUUAUCCAAGUCUUAUGCUCAAGUGUUUGCUCCCCACCAUAGGUGGGCUAAACGGAAAGUUGCUGCUUUAGGGAUGUACGUUCUUCCCACAAGAACUCACCUACUUAAGAUGCUCAAUGAGGAAGGUUAGUCCUCAUACUCUAUAUACUCUUGAUGCACUCUACUAACUCGAUUCAUAUUCUCGUAAUGCACUCUAUAUAUUCUUGAUGAGAGAAAUAUCUUUUAGAUUGAUCUUGGCAUCUGCAGUAGACACAUUAUGGUUUAAAGAUUUGAUUUAGUAUAUAGGAGUUUCUACUUCAGUUAACUGAGAGUUCAAUAUGUUUUGAUACAUCUCUCUUUCUCUCUGGUUUGUUUAUUACAGAAGCGGAGGCUAAGAUACAGAUGGAAAGCUAUGUCAAUGCAUCGGCACCAGUAAUCACAUAUCUUGAUAAUCUAUUCCCCUCCAAGCAACUCGGUAUCGAUUGAUGAAGAGUUUAUUAGUAUCGCUCUUUGACAGUCUCUGUCACACAAAAUAACCAUAUAUGGUUCUAUCAACUCAUGUAAUUAUAUAACAAGGACCAAACCAGAGCUGUUGAAAGAAAAGAAUAAAUUAUGCUAUUCUAGUUUGUUGGUGUGUGCCUUGUCUUCUGGCAAAAACACACUUGCAAUGUGUUAAUGUGAACGUGUAGAGACGGUAAAAUGUUACCAUAAAUUUAUUUACUUGUCAUCUACUAAUAAUAGGAAUCCCAAUUAAUUCCAAAGGUUGUGAAUUUGUUUAUGUUGAAAAGUUGUGUCUUUUGUAAAAGAUAAUUAAAAGGUUGUGUCUUUUACAAAAAUGUUAGAAGGUUGUGUCUUUUAAAUAUUGUAAAGUUGUGACUAUUCUUAUAAGUGUCUUUUAAAAAUAAUUAUAUUUAAAUUAGAAGAAUACAAUUAUUCAAAUUGAAGAGUUGUGACUAUUCAUAUCGAAGAGUUGUGAUUAUUCAAAUAGAUUUUUAAAAUCUAUAAAUAGUGGAUGUUCAUGCAUUUGUCAAAGUAAAAUUUUCAAUAAUCUCACUGAUUAUAAAAUGAUGAAAAAAAGUUCUAUGCAGUUAUUUAGUUACAAAUUAAUUUUAAGAAUUAUAUUAUUAUUAGUAAAUAAGUAAAAAAAUUAUAAAUAUAUAUUAUAAAUUAAAUGAUCUAAACUUUUAUCUAUACUAUAUAUCUUAAGAUUGAAAAGACAUAAGCAAUAUAUAAAAUAGUUUUUACCAAAAGUUGCUAUCAUCGAUAGUUUUUACCAUAAACUGCAUUGUUUGAAUUGUAAAGUUGCAAUUGUUCAUAUAACUUCUGUAAUGGUUCAUAUAAAUUAUUAUAAUCAUUCGCUUAUAUAUAUAUAUAUAUAUAUCCUCAACUUUUCAUGAUAGUUUUAAACAAUAAAAUUAAAAAAAUCUAAAGUAGAUAACAUCCUAGAAACACAUACGGCGUGAACAUCCCGGUAAAAGGGUUUGAGAAAAUGUCGUGGAUAAUAUGGUAGUAAGCAGCGAACUUUACAAGUCUAGUGAUCACGCAAACCAAGUCUAGUUUUAUUAUGUACAUAUCCAAAGUAACUUACAUACAUAUUUACAAGAAAAACAAAAUUUUUUUUUUGCAUUAAGUUUAUAGAAAAAUAAAAUUCUUAAGUCUGAAUGUACACGUAAAAAACCUUCCACUGGAUUGUAUUGCAGAUUUACAGUAUGUGCCGUAAUUAAUAGACAACAAGAGAAAUCUCACUUGGAAACUCAUAUUGUCAAUGCAUUUUCUCUUUUAUUUUUAUUAGGAAAUAAUAACGCAGUUUAACGUUUCAUUUAAUUCAAAAAAAAUAUUCAAGAUAUCUAACAAUUACUUUGUAUACUACACAAUCUUCACAACAAACAUCAAGAUUAGUCACACACUUAUUUUCCACCUUCAGUUUGCCCAGAUGUUGAUUUUAAAAGUUGUCAAUUUAUAUGUGUGUAUCCAACAAGCCAAUCUAAAAAGUAUCAACUUUAAAAGUUGUGUCUUUUCAUUUAAAAUGAUAUAUCAGCUUUCUAAAUUAACUUUAAAAGUUGUGUCUUUUCCAAUUUAAAUAGUAACAUUCUUUCAAUUUAAGUAUAUUUAUUUUGAAAAAACAUGAUAGUUACAACUUUUCAAUCUGAAGAUAGUUAUUCAAAAUAAUAUUAUUUAAAAAAAAUUAUGAAUAAAACAUAAUUUUAAAACUGUUUAAUUUAAAAACAUGAUCAUUUACACUAACUAAUACACAACUCUUUAAACAAAUAAUUGUACAAACAUAUUUUUUGGGCUAUUUAAUAUCAUCAGAAACCUAAUAUGUCAAAUAAAAAGGCAUUCGCAACAGUGUUCACAACACACACAUAACAUACAAAUAUAUUUGAAAAGUCAUGAGUGCUAAAAGGUGCAACUAUUGAUUUAAAAAUUAGAAAGAUGCACCCGGUUGAACGGACACAACUCUAGGAGAAAGGUUUUUGUUUUAAUAAUUCUAUUAAACCGUACGAGAAAUGGAUUUGCUCAAUAUAAGUACCUGAUGGCUUUGAGAAAAUUAGUAUUAAAACAGAGCGGUUUGGUAAAGGUGUAUUAAUUGAGAGUAUUAAUUAGAUACCUUGAUGUGAAUUUGAGCGCGUCGGCUUUACGUUGAAAUAGGAGUGUCACCGUCGGAGUUGAAAAUAACAUGACCGACAAGUCGUGGAAGAAGGAUUGCCACAUAGGACUUUUAGGGUAAUUAUUGAACCGGGUCUUAAACAUGUGCUUUAACUUUUUCUAUAUUAUAACCAUAAGUAACGUAUUCAACAUUCGCUUUAACUUUGUCUACGUUUUCAAGCAGAACGUCCAAACAAAUGAUCUCUGUACAGUUGUUGUAUAGUUAACAAUUAGUGACUUUUUUAUAGUUACGAGUUAGAAAUUCGCUAAACUAGAUUUAAACAAAUUGUUUUUGAAUUAUUUUCCUUAUAUGGCUUUUAGAGAAGAUUGGAUUACUGCGAAGUGAUGCUGCGAAAGAUGCAAUGAAAGAAUAUGGGUUUGAUCAGAAAGUUAUCAAUGACACCAUUAGAAAACUGUUAAAUGUACAAUUCCGUUCUUAAAAGUUACCAUUACUACACUACCUAGAAAUUGAAGCAGUACCUUAUGUUAAGUCUCCUUUGUUGGAUAAUUCCAAGCUUGUGGAAACUUAACAUAUUAUUAGAUGUUUAAUAUGUUAAGAUAAACACAAUAAGGAAACCUAGAAAUAGGAAAAGGAAGUUUCUAUUUAGGUUAGGUUUGUGUUUUCCAUAUCCCACAUGUUAAAGGGAAUUGUCUUUCAUAUAAAUAUAGGUCUAAUGGAGAGGUGUUCCAUAUGAUCUAAGUGAAACAUAUUGAGAGCUUUAGUUUUGAGUAGUUUCUAAAGCUAAUAAGAAAAGUUGUUCUUAUAACUCUUUGUGUUUCUAAGAGAUCUGAAUUGGUAUCAGAGCGGUUGACAAUAAAUCUGCAAGAAGACCAAAAUACCCUUCGAGUAGGAACGGGACCCUUCAAGGUGGUAAGGGAGGUUCGGCAGAGUUUAGUCAGAAGAUCCUGGAAUUGUGGGAAGAACAUUCUCAAAGCAACUCAAAGUAACCUUGCGACUAAGGGUGUCGAAUGUCGAAGAUGCGACAAGACACCGAGAUGAUUCGCUAGAGGAAAGGGCACAAGGUGUGUGGUCCUUAGCUUGAGGGAGAGAAUGAGAGAUGUCAAUCAAGGUAAGCUAACGUACUACCUUGGCAUACAGGUGAUUCAAGGAGCAGACGGAAUCAGAAUAAAGCAAGAGAGGUAUGCUCAAGGAAUCCUGCGUGACACAAAGAUGGAAGCGUGUAACGCAACUCAAAUUCCAAUGGAGGCGAAUUUGAAGAUCUCAAAAGCUGAAGAUGAACAAGAGAUAGAUGCUACCGAGUUCAGAAGAAUCAUAGGAUGUUUGAGGUAUCUGCUUCACACAAGACCCGACCUGUGUUACGCAGUAGGUGUUCUUAGCAGAUACAUGCACAAUCCGAGAGACUCUCACGGACAAGCCAUCAAGCACAUACUGCGGUAUGUGAAAGGAACAACAAACUUCGGUCUGUUCUUCAAGAGAGAUGGGUCAAGGAGUGUCGUUGGUUAUAGUGACAGCAGUCACAACAUUGAUCUCGAUGACGGGAGGAGUACGUCAGGACAUGCAUUCUACUACGGUUCAUCACUGAUUACUUGGACGUCGCAGAAGCAGCAGACGGUUGCAUUGUCAUCAUGCGAAGCAGAGUUCAUGGCAG